UAUCAGAGGAGAAAGAAUGGCGAGGUCGACAACCAAGGACGCUCAAGCCCUCAUUCAGUCCCUUCGUUCUGCUUAUGCUGUCACCCCAAUGAAUCUCAAGAUCAUCGAUCUCUACGUGAUUUUUGCAAUUUCUACAGCUCUGAUUCAGGUAGUUUACAUGGCAGUUGUUGGGUCAUUUCCAUUCAACUCUUUCCUUUCAGUAGUACUUUCUUGUGUUGGCACAGCAGUGCUAGCUGGUAAGAGAGUAAUUAUUUUCUUCUAACUGUUAACUCUGUGUGUGUGUGU